AUGAGGUUUAAGCAUCAAAUUCCAUCAGAGUUUCACUCUUACAUAUCGCGUAUACAAGAUGUGAACCCAGAUGGUCAUUUUGGGUACAGGUUUGUGACUGUUGGGUUAGGUUUUGGGGAAUACGUAUGGCCCCGUAUUCGAAGUGAUUUACUACUGGAGAUUGACCAAAAAGAGCCGCUAUGGACGCAUGUAUUCGAAAGAUAUAACGAAGGACACUUUAAACGAAUACGUAACAGCAUCUCUUGGCAUUCAGUACAAGGGUGCCCUCCAAGUCACUGGAUGGAAAUGCCCCACGUAGGGUUUCUCGUAGCACAAAGGUAUAAUAUCGUCCUCCACGUGCUAAGCAUCGAAGGGAGCUAUACCUUCUUCCCGUUAACGGAUGCCCUUGUAGAUCCACGAACUCAAGCGAUAACGCUCGUACAUGUUUAUGGGGAACACUUCAUACAUGCUAAGUUGGAAAGAGACUACCCCAUGCCUACAGUGAGCCCAUUAUGGUCGACACAUCGAAGAAUAGCUACGAAACCGUGGGAAGAAAUGUAUAGACCGCGGUUACAACACUACUACGAGAUAAUCAACCCUAAAUCAGACUCAGACAAAGACACAGACAAAGACAAAGACAAAGACAAAGACAAAGACAAAGACAAAGACAAAGACAAAGACAAAGACAAAGACAAAGACAAAGACAAAGACCCGAGUUUACAUCUUCGAUAA